CACCAGGAAGUGUUCCAGGAAUCACGUCUAUUUUAUACACUACAAAACUUCAUACUAUUUUCAAAUCGAUUUUCAGGCAAAAUGACGGCAACACACUCCCCAACACAGCAGAACGGCCUCCACCAUGACCAAGGCCCUCCUACCGGAUCAAAACGCAAGGCUGGCGAUGCCUCCUCCCACGAGAGCGAGCAACAAGGCGGGAAAAAGCAAUUGAAAGUCGAGGAUAUGUUGAACAGCAAGGACCUGAACGAAACCCCUGAUUCGACCGUGGCACAAGAUAAACAAAAAGAUGGUCAAGGCUUGUCGGAAGAGGAUGGUAUGGAGGACAAAGUCGACACCAGAGAUGUGCAGCCUGAGCCCGAAACCCACCCAGCUAAAAGUGAAGAUAUCGAGAAAAAUUCCAAAGCCAGUCUCGACGAUGCUAUUCAAGAGUCGUCGCAACGCGAGAAUCAACUUUCUUCUAACAUCCUCGAAAAGGGUCUGGUCUAUUUUUUCACCAGAAAUCGAGUGAACGUCGAGGAAGCAGAUAGUGUGGAUGAUCUCCAACGUACUUUUUUUGUCCUUCGUCCGCUUCCACCUGGAACGAAGUUGGGUGAGGGUACCCUUCCAGACCUUGAGAACAAUCGCCUUCUCGCGCUUCCAAAGAAAGUGUUUCCAAAGAGCCAAAACGACCGCUUCAUGGCGUUUGUAGAGAAAGCGCCAACUACGAUUCAAGACCUCAAAGAAAACUUUUUCGGGGGGAGCGAAUAUGAAACUAAAACCUCGGGCAGCCGUCGCGUGGAUCCAGUGACCCCGGUCGCUGAAGGCGUAUAUGCAAUUACAAGGACUGAAGACACCAGCACUCAUUUGGCAUACUCCAUUACCAUUCCGUCGGUUAUGGGAGAAGUGCAAGAGGAUCUUGGGUUAAGGUCACAAGGCAGCUUUAUCAUUAGUCUGAAGAAUCCUAAGCGGCCAGGUCCUGCGAAUACGAAUCUUCCCCAAAGACCUGAAUUCCCCGAGGAGUUCAUUGAAGCAUUCCGUGGCUUAGCGUGGGUAAAAGUACAACCGGAAUAUCUGGAUUACGCAAAUGCUCAAAUUCUUUUGAUCGGGGAGAAUUUACAGUCUGCUUUUGAGCCGUCAAAGAAAGAUGAGAAACAUGGAAAGGAAGGGCCGCAGGUCGAGUUGGAGAGACUAGAGAAUGAAGAUGAGCUGCGCGUGGAACAUCUGAGUGGCGAUGAUUCGGUAUUUGACGACUUACGGAUAAGCAAGGCCGAUUACCCCAAUGUUCCAACUACGUGUGGUCAACUCAAGUGCUGUCUUCCUUCCACACGUGCACUCGCGACCGCGACCGCGCUAAGCCGGUUUCUCGUCCGACUCAAACCCCAAACUUUCCCCACGUCACCACCGGCCAACAAGCAACCAUGUAAACGCGUCUCCGCAUCGUACGUCAACAACACCUCAAUGGCACAAGAUAUUGACAUCGAAGAUGGCGCGAACCCAAAACCGCCAGCCAAAACCACGAAAAAGCCUUCCACCGAACCCAACGUGCUCGAGGUGGUUUUGGGCUCGUUACCGAUUAAACCGUGGUACCCUUCGUUUUACCCGGAAGAGUUGGUUGGACGGCGAGUAGACCGUUUGAAUGUGUGCCAGUGGUGCUUUAAAUAUACAAAGGAGUUACCGGCGUUUCUUGGACAUCUGACAGCAUGUCCGUAUCGUGAUAGCGCCCCACCUGGAGGUGCCAUCUACGCACAAUCCAAUCUCGCCAUUUACGAACUCGACGGUGCAGAGCAUAAGCUAUACGCGCAGAACCUCUCCCUCUUUGCGAAGUUGUUCCUUGAUACCAAAUCGGUGUUCUACGACGUGACGACGUUUCUCUACUACCUGCUCGUGCUCAAAGACCCAUCGCCUGCUAUCAACAACACUAGACCUAGCUCGCAAGAUACUGGAGGAGAUGUAGAGCGCGGGCAGAUUGUGGGAUUCUUCAGCAAAGAGAAGAUGAGCUGGGACAAUAACAAUCUAGCCUGCAUCUGCAUCUUUCCCCCAUGGCAAAAGCAAGGUCUAGGGCAGGUGCUGAUGGCAGCAAGUUACGAAUUGGGCCGGAAAGAAAGAAGGAUGGGCGGGCCUGAGAAACCACUAUCCGAUCUCGGUCGCCUAGCCUACAUUCACUACUGGUCACAGACCCUCGCUCGAACCAUCCUCGCGGUCCCUGCCAAACGAACUCUCUCUGUCGCCGACCUCCGUGACGAAACGUACAUCGCUGUCGACGACAUCAUCAGCACACUGCAAAGUAUGGAUGUGCUAGAACACAGGAAGAAAGGUGGAGCGCAGGCGCUGAUCAACAAGGCCAAAGUCAGGAUAUGGGCAGAAACGUACAAAGUCGAUCUCAAGAAUCCCGUUGACCCGGAUGCUUUUGUUAUAGAGACUAGCGAGGAAGAAGAAGACGGGGAAGAAGGUGAUGAAGAGGAGGAUGGUGACGAGGAGAUGGAGGAGUAA